CUGAUAAUGAAGUCCCUCAAUAUAGAAUAUCAACGUGUAAUAAUAAAUAUAGGUUGAAUGUGGAAACAACAUUACUCUUCAUUAAACGAAACUGAUAAGGGAUUUUAGUAAAAUUUAUAAUCAUUAAUUAUUUAUGUUGUCUCGCAGUGCUUUGUUAUAGACGAACUCAGAAUCUCGUGUCGUAUAAACUAGAAUCAAAUUAGUACUUUUCGAUAAGUAAUUUAAUUAUUCUAUAAAAAGUGCGUGAGUGGUGAUGGUGAGUUAUUUGUGAGUGCGUUGUACAAGUGUAAUUGGAAUAAUGAGGUUCAAACAGCAGGUCACCAGGAGGAUUAUAACAGUUGAUAUGUCCGAUGAUCCGCCCGCUAUGGUAACAACACCAUCAGCCGAUGAUAACCAUAAUGAAAUACGUGCAAAUUCCAAACAUUUAAGUGAAAAAAAUCUACCACUGAUUGAUUUGUCUAAUUCAAUUGUUAACGGUAUUAUCAAUAAUAAAAUAAAUUAUAUAGAAAAUAAUCAAGUUGACUUGAUUUACUCAAAUGAUAAUACUGUGGAAGAUAGUGAUGACGAAGGAAAACUGCAAGUGGUGUUGAAUGAUCGUGAUGAAGCUUCAAAUGGAACAGCUUCUCCUCUCACGAAUGGUACUAUAAAAGAAGAAGAUCUCACACCUAUAUCCCCCGAUUAUUGCAUAAAGUGUCCACAAUGCCAGAAAGGGAUGCAAACAUUUCAAGCUCUCAAAGAGCACGUGGAAUGCUGUCACAUGGAAAUUUCCAACGUUUCAGAACCUAUCAGCUUAACUGCCCCCAGCGCCGUGUCCCCCACGCCAACUCUAGUCGGUACCGGAGGUCCUUUUGGAUGUUCACAAUGUACAACGACGUUUAGUUCCAAGGACCAAUUAGAAAAGCACGAAUUACUACAUUCGCCCAAUGCUCAAGUGUCCUGUAAAGUUUGCAACAAAACUUUUGCCAACGUCUACCGUCUUCAAAGACAUAUGAUUAGCCAUGACGAAAGUGCAGUACUGAGAAAAUUCAAAUGUACAGAGUGCGAAAAAGCUUUCAAAUUCAAACACCAUCUCAAGGAACAUAUUAGAAUCCAUAGUGGGGAGAAACCUUUCGAAUGUGGCAACUGCGGAAAGCGUUUUUCUCAUUCGGGAUCAUAUUCUAGUCACAUGACAUCAAAAAAGUGUUUGGUAAUGAACGUUAAAUUGGGCAGAACUAGAGCACCUCCCAGCAACGCACUAUUAGAUAAGAAUACUCAGCAAAAUUUAAGAGGACCAAAGAGGUCCAACAUAAGUCCUAUUAAUAAUAACAUAGCAACUAGUCCUAACCAUAAUUCAUACUUGUCUAUACUUCCCAAUUAUCCAGAAGCAGCAGUGGCUUUUUUACAAAAUUCUGGGAUUCCUCCUUGUUUUAUAGGACCUCCUAGUCUUCUAAACGCUCAUGCUAUGACUUCGUACUCAAUGCCAUCGUUAACCCACAUUUUAGAACAACUUCAGCAACACCAGCAGCACCAACCAAGUCAGAGUCCUGCGAGACCAUCUUUCAUCGAUAACUGUGAUAGUACUAGACAAAACGAAACCAAUCCAAACUUAGAAAAUUCCAGUAACCAUUCUGACAACAACGAAAGUGGCGAUUUAAUAAUGGACGAGGACGGAGAACAAGAAAGCGAAACGAAACCAAAUAGCGAUAAUCAAACGAACACCGGAGAUUUAGAAGCAGUGAAGAGAAUAUUAGAAACCGUAAACGCUACCGUCACUAAAGAACUUCUGCAAGCCAACAUGCAAAAAAUGUCGUCAGACACAUCUAGCGAAUGUCAAAGUGUUACUUCCGUUCAAUCACCCAAACCAACAUUGAAAUGUACGAAUUGUAAUAAAAAUUUCGACUCUCAACAACAUUUAGAACAACACGAAUGCGAAGACGUUAAAAGCGAAGGCUUAGCAGCGAAAUUAGAAGGCGCCUUUACUACCAAAUCGGAAGACGCACACAACGGCAGCAUCAGCGGCGAAGACCAAGACUACGACAGAAAUUAUAACACGAAUGAUGAAAUCGAUUCUGAAUCAUUCACCACUACCGAUCAUGUCUCGGAGGACGGAAGGAAAGUUCGAGUUAGAUCUUUAAUUUCCGACGAACAACUCAAAGUACUCAAAGACCACUACCAAGUGAAUCCUAGACCGAAACGGGAAGACUUGGAAAAAAUUGCCUCGCGGUUAAAUUUUUCAGUUCGAGUAGUUCAAGUAUGGUUCCAGAAUACUAGAGCUAGAGAUAGAAGAGAAGGGAAAUUGAUACAAGUGCCGUACAGUCCAUUACCAUCGUCUCCUCGAUAUAAUUUACCUACAAAAACACAUAUGACCAUGUCUCCAAACCAAUAUAUUUCCGAACAACCUCUCGAUCUUUCCAUUAAAAGAGAAGUUUCAGCCGAAUCAUCUCCUUCCAGUUCUCCUAAUAGGCCUUUAUCAGAUAUAAAUGAUGAAGUCGUUAAUCUGAGUAGGAAAACCUCCAGAAGUCCCACUCCUUAUUUACCUUUCCUAAACCAUUACCAAAACUCCAAUUCUUCCGAACCAAGGAGAUCUCCAUCACCUUUAGAAUUCAAUAGUAGCCGAUUAGCUCAAAUUUUGGCUCAACCUGCUCACAAACUCGGUUUACCCGGUAUGGGACUAGUUCCAAUGGAUCAAUUAAUGCAAUUCAGAGGAACCGAUUUACCGAGUUUGUCACAGCUGAUAAGUAAUAGAAUAUCCACUAUGAGUCCCAAUGAAAAAAGAUCUUGGACAGACGGAAGAGACGCGUCUAAUGAUUUCGCAGAGGACGAACUUUCCAAUGCCGGUAGGAGUAAAAUGUCGCAAUUCGUUCUCAAAGGUCUCGGCAGUCCAGUUUUGGGUAACCAGGACCUUGAAGCAGAAGGACAAUUUACUUGUAAUCAAUGUGAUAAGGCUUUCUCCAAACAGAGUUCAUUGGCGAGACAUAAAUAUGAACAUUCAGGCCAACGUCCUCACAAAUGCGACCAAUGUACCAAAGCUUUCAAACACAAACACCACCUUACAGAACACAAACGUCUCCACAGCGGAGAAAAACCCUUCCAAUGCGGUAAAUGUAUGAAGAGGUUCUCACAUUCUGGUUCUUACAGUCAGCAUAUGAACCAUCGGUAUUCCUACUGUAAACCAUAUAGAGAAUAAAUAUAUUAUACAUAAACGAAUACCAAAAAGGAAUCGAAAGCAAAGAAUUUCUUAAGUUCAGCACUCUUCGGAAAGAUAUUCAGAUCUUCAAAGAAUCUCAAAUGACCAAACUCGAAUGUAAUAAUCAAAGAUGAUGAUCGAAGGCUGUGACAAUAAAAAAUUUAAAUCAUUGAAAAA